AACGUUCUUCCGGCUGCUAUUAAGAUUUCGUGUCUAUUUUAUAAUUGUGAUGUUUACGUCUGAAGCUCAAAAUAAACUUUACCAAAAUCGAGGCCUUGAAGAAUUUUUCCAGAGCCACUUGCCCUGCAGGAAUGAAUAAACCUCAUCUAAUGUAACCAGAUUGCGUGGAGUGUCUGCUAGUUGAGCCAGGCACAGCAGUUGCUGCUGUCCCUCACAGUAUGGCAGCCAAGAGACUGCCAGAAGAGGAUAAUAGACGGUCCUGCUGGGUGUGUUUUGCGACUGAUGAGGAUGACAGGGAGGCCCUGUGGGUCAAGCCAUGCAGGUGUCGCGGGACCACGAUGUGGGUGCACCAGAACUGUCUACAGCGAUGGAUUGACGAGAAACAGAAGGGAAACAGCACAACAAAAGUCUCCUGUCCACAAUGCAACACUGAAUAUAUCAUUGUUUUUCCAAAGCUCAGUGGGAUGAUACAGUUAUUGGAUGUCAUAGAUCGAUUCAUUUACAAAUCUUGCCCGUAUUUUGCUGGAGGUAUAUUCUUUGGCACAGUGUAUUGGACGUCAGUUACCUAUGGAGCAGUGACUGUGAUGCAGGUCCUGGGUCACAAAGAGGGUCUCAAUGUGAUGGAAGGGGCAGACCCGCUGUUUCUCCUGAUAGGCCUGCCCAUGAUUCCCCUGUUCCUCAUCCUUGGCAAGAUGGUGCGCUGGGAGGACUACAUUUUACGUGCCUGGAGACGGCAUUCUUCGCGAUAUCCCUUACUGAGCAAACUUUUUCCUAUCUCCUCGACACAGAGAACGCCCGCAGAGACGAUGCCCCUGUCUGACCCCGUGUCUGCCACCAGGGUGCUGUGCGGGGCCCUCAUCCUGCCCACCAUUGCCACAAUGGCCGGUAAAGCCAUGUUUGGUGGGGUGUCUUCAAACUUUCAGAGAACGCUGCUGGGUGGGUUUGCAUUUAUUGCCAUAAAAGGAGUGCUGAAGAUGUACUACAAGCAGGUGCAGUACAUUCGGCAAGCCAACAGGGAGGUGAAGGACUUUGUAGAGCCUACCCCAGAUAUGGCCAACACAGCUGCGUUAUGAUGAAGCUAUUUACUCUUUCAAAUUGAGCUUAGUUCUCGGAAAACUGGGCUGAAUGCAUUUGCAUAGUUUUGUCCUAGAUUAGCUUGGGCAGCAUGAAUAGGCUCAUCAGGGACAAAACUUUCCACAUUUACUUGAUUUUCAUUAAGAAGAAACUUCAUUGAACAAAAAAUUCCAUGAAAGCAGUUAGUGUUGUACCAGAUUAAUCUGUGUGGACUGCACAGGCUAAUCUAGGACAACACUUAUGAACAUGCAUUAAGCCCAGUUUUUACAGAACAAGGAUCAAUUAAGUGCCAGUGUAUACGAACUGUGUUAUCUCAAAAUAGUAGGAAAUUUUGUAUCAUAUGUACCUAGUGUUUUCUCAUGGUUGAUGUACAGGUUAUAAAAUAAGGAAUUUCCAAAUGAAACACUGACGUCAUUCACAUUUUACAUAAAAUGAAAACGAGUAAAUCUAUAAUAAUAUUUUACUUAUUUGGAACUUCCUCCUUGCACUUGAGAUAGUUAGGAAAAAUGUGUCUGUUAUUUCAUAUGAGCCACAUGCAUGGACAUAUGAGGAUUUAUUAAGCUUUUAUUUUUGCUACAUGCAACAUCUUGAGGGCUCUUAACAAACCGUUAGGUGCUGAAAUAUUUGUGUUUUGUGAAAACCCAUUCAGCAUUCAUAAUUAGAUACUGAAUGUCAUGAAUACGUGUAAAAGCAGCAUGUGUUUGAUAGUGUUUCACUUCUUUCUUAAUAAUAAGACUAUAAUAUUGUAUAGUAUAAUAUAAUUAUUGUUAUACCACCAUAAACGAAGCCUGUCUGUCUGUCGGCCGGUCGGUCCGUAUUAAGUGUCGGACUCAAAUUUAAGUUGUAUUAAUCCGAUCUUCACCAAACUUGGUCAGAAGUUGUAUCUAGAUGAUGUCUAGGUCAAGUUUGAAUAUGGGUCAUGCCAUGUCAAAAACUAGGUCACAGGGUCACUUAGUGUGUUUUAAACAUUCAGCAUGUUGUCCGCUCUCUAAUUCAAGUAGUUUUCAUCCAAUCUUCAUCAAACUUGGUUAGAAGUUCUAUUUAGAUGAUCUUUAGGCCACGUUUGUCAAUGGACCAUGAUGGGCCAAAAACUAGGUCACGGGGUCACUUAGUGCGUUUUGAACAUUGAGCAUAGUGUCCGCUCUCUUAUUGAAGUAGUUACUUCUGAUCUUCUCCAAACUUGGUUAGAAGUUUUAUAUAGAUCAUCUCUAGGCCAUAUUCAAACAUGGGCCAUGCCGGACCAAAAACUUGGUCAGGGGGUCACUUAAUGCGUUUUACACAUUCAGUUUGGUGUCCGCUCUCUAUUUCAAGUACUUAUCAUCUGCCCUUCACCAAACUUGGUCAGAAGUUUUAUCUAGAUGAUCUCUAGGCCAUGUUCCAACAUAGGCCAUGCCAGGCCAAAAACUAGGUCACGGGGUCAACUAGUGAGUUUUGCACAUUCAGCAUGAUGUUCCCUAUUUCAAGUACUUUUCAUCCGCUUUUCAUGUGGGGGUAUUUGUCACGUCUGUGACAAAGCUCUAGUUUUAAUAGUAGUAAUUAUGCAGUUUGAUAAUUCAUCCUUAUUUAGAUGUAAGUAUAAAUAUAUGGGUCGCACUCUUCGAAAAGGUGGUUAAAUGCAUGUGUGUAAAGUGUCGUUCCAGAUUAGCCUGCGCAGUCUGCACAGGCUAGUCAGGGACGACACUUUCCACCUAAACUGAAUUUUUGUCAAGAACAGUCUUCCUUUCAACAAAAAUACAAUAAAGCCAGAAAAUGUAGUCCCUGAUUAGCCUGUGCAGCACUUUAUGUUCAUGCAUUAAACCCCCUUUUCACAGAGCGCAGCCAUUAUAUUAUUUAUCUAGUCUUACUAAGGCAAAGAUGUAAAUAAAUGCUUUGUGUUCUUGCUUGUAAAAAAUAACAUAUAUUCUUUUAUUCUGACAUAUCAAAACUAGGAUUUUUUUUUAUUUAAAAAAAGCUCAUUUUAUAGGUUGAACAUUAAAACGAUUUAAUAGCGACAAAAGUUACAACAUUGGGAGUGUUUACACCAACAAUAUCAUAUUGAUAUGAACUUUUUAAGAAAUUUUAAACAAUGGUUGAAUUUAUAUGUUUCUUGCAUUAAAUAUUUUACUCUGCAUUAUUAUGUUUAGUAAUAUUAAUAGUAAUAUUAAUUUACUAGAAAAAAGGAACUGUAAUGAAACCUUUAAAACAUUUAUCUUAAAUGACACUUUUUAUUGUAGCUGAAAAAAUGGUCAGUAUUGAAUCAUUGUCAAUUUAAUUACAUGUAUGUAAGAUUUUGUAAAAAAGGUAGUAUAUAUCUUGUGGAUUGUUUUGACUGUUUAUUUGUUGAAAAUGUGAUUAAAAAAAAAUAAACUGUUGAUUUUAUUGCUUAUUUAUACAUUUUAUAACGUUUUAAAAUCAUGUGCUGCUUUGUAAAUGGAUAUAUAUUUAUAUAUAUAUUGACAAUUAAACGUUUAUACAGAUUUGUUUAACUUCGAAUACAAAACAACUGCUGUUGAUAGCAUAUUUAAUUAUUUUGAUGUAACAAGUAAGAUCAUUAUUUUGUAAAAUUUCAUGUUAAUGUAAACGUUUGUACUUGCAACAGAUUAAAAUAUUAAGUAUAAUUCAAUAUUGCACUUUUUGUCUGUAAACAAAGUAUUUGAAAAAAUAAUUCCAGACUAUUAAAAAAACAACAAAAAACAAUGAGAGCUUUUUUGUACGUUUGUCCAUUUGUUAGUUUGGAGAAAGUAUAGAUAGUUAAUGUGUUAAGCUUGACAUUUAUGAAGUUGUCCUGAUUUGUUAUGACAAGACUCUUAUUUCUCUGUAAAUGAUUGUUAAUUGUAAAAAAUAUGCAAGGUUCAGUAUAAAAGGUUGUAAACAUGUAUAUAUUGUAACCGACAAAUUGAGCCAAUAAAAUGGAAUAUACCCUUGAA